AUGAGCGACCAUUCACCGUGUAUUCCUGUUCCACGAAACUCUCACCAAACAAAUAUCUUUCAACAUAAUAGCGCCUUUCGACAAUUACGAACACCUGACAUUAGCCAUCAAGUGAUGCCGAUGUCUUCACGGUUCACAAUUAGAGAAAGGUCCUUUAAUAAUGCUGGGUCAACGGAAACUCCUAAAGUUGUCGGUUGUAAACGGAAACCAAGUGAACACGACAACGAUGUUUCAAUGAGUGAUUCUAGAAGUCCCCCUAGCUCUCCAAAAGAUAUUCAUCAAGAUAUGGAUAGAGAAUUUUAUAACCCGGCAAAAAGAACGAAGACCGGCAGUUUUAAAGAUUUUCCAUUUAAUAAACUAUUAGCAACGCUCGAUAAACCACAAUUGUUGACUUUAAUAAAUAACCUUGUCGAUACACAUCCCCAUCUUCAGUCAGAAAUCGCUUCAAACAUACCUCGACCUACUAUUCAAUCAGUAACAUCUACCUUGAACGGUCUGGAAAAGAGACUCCAAGAGAGUUUUCCAUAUACCAAAUGGGGACCAAAGGAAGAUGAUUAUAGCUUUAACAGAGUUAAACCUGCAAUUGUUGAAAUGAAGAAUGCGAUCUUGGAUUAUGCAGCUCACUUUACCUCACCAGAAGAAUUUCCGACAACCACUUUCACCUUCCUUCAUCUGGCUACAAGUUACGCACAACGUCUACCCAACUGGGGAAACAAUCUUCAUAAUGAGUUGAAACGUGAUCUAUUGACAAAAUUAGCUGAUGAUUGGAAAAAAGCUAUCAAUAGUGCAUCGAGUAAAGUGAGUGAAGGCAAGAUCUACGGACAAUUGGUUGUUAGCGAGUGGGCUAAAAACCUUGCACAACAUAAUAACGAUACAAAUGGAAACUUUCAGGAAGCAUUUGACACUUUUGUAGAAAAGUUUGGAUGGAUAAUUGAGAUUCAAAAAACCACUACAUCUUCGAACUCUUCGUCACACUUCACCAAUCCAAUGUAUUAUUAUUCAAAUCCUGUGAUGCCAGUUUAG